AGUGCUGGACCAGAGAUGUUCCCUCUGCAGGUGUAUCCUCUUACCUUCCUCCUCCUACUCUGCCUGCAAGUACCUAGCUGGGCAAAACAUCCCAAAAUUAAGCUGCGCUUGGUAGGGCCCAGGAGCCAAGCAGGCGAAGGGCGGCUAGAAGUGCUGUACAAAGGGCAGUGGGGCACAGUGUGUGAUGAUGACUUCAACAUCCAUGUGGCAAGUGUGGCCUGCAGGGAGCUGGGCUAUGAACAGGCCAUAAACUGGGCCCACAGCGCCAAAUAUGGCCCAGGAGAUGGCCCCAUCUGGCUGGACAAUAUGCGCUGCUCAGGUACUGAAAGCUCCCUGGCUGAAUGUGCAUCCAAUGGCUGGGGGGUGACUGAUUGCAACCACAAUGAAGAUAGUGGUGUGGUGUGCACAGGGCCACGCCGACUCAAUUCUGCUGCUUCACGUAUCCAGCUGCAGGGUUCAAAAGUAGAAGAGGUGCAGAUCAAGCCAAUACUGGCCCGGGCCAAAUUAAACUCCCCUGUCACAGAAGGUGCAGUAGAAGUAAAGCUCCAGGGACGCUGGCGUCAGGUGUGCGAUGCUGGCUGGACUCGAAACAACACGCGUGUACUGUGUGGGAUGCUAGGAUUCCCCUAUGAAGGACAGGUGGCCACAGGAUUCUACAGGAAACUCUGGAACCAGAAGCUGAAGGAUCCAAGGUCCAGCUUAAAAAGCCUGAGCAAGAAGAAUACCUUCUGGAUCCAUCAGAUUAAGUGCCUGGGCACUGAGGUUCACUUGGGUGAAUGCAAGCUGCAUGUGCUUCCCAAGGCUCAGAAUCAAAGUGCCUGCCCACAUGGUAUGCAUGCUUUGGUCAGCUGUAUAGCAGGUCCUGAAUUCCAGCCCAGGAAAGCCAAGCUAUCCAGCCAUGGCAAGCCUAAACAGGAACCCAAGGUGCGUCUCCGUGCAGGUGCACACGUAGGUGAAGGGCGUGUGGAAGUGCUAAUAGGUAGCCAGUGGGGCACUGUGUGUGACGAAGGCUGGAAUCUACCUGCUGCCAGCGUGGUGUGUCGGCAGUUGGGUUAUGGCACUGCACGAGAAGCUCUUUCUGGAGCACAGUUGGGCCAAGGCCUGGGUCCUAUCCACUUAACAAGAGUGCGGUGUAGGGGACACGAGCGAUCGCUGGUGGAGUGCAGAUCCCAAAAAGCAGCCCAGACAGGAUGCCGGCAUGACAAUGAUGCAGCUGUCCGCUGCAACGUACCCCAAACAGAUGCCCAACGUCAAAUCCGUCUAGCUGGUGGGCGCACUUCAGAGGAAGGUGUUGUGGAAGUACUGAUGCCCAGAGGAAGAGCCUUCCAUUGGGGUGCUGUGUGUGGAGAACACUGGGGACUCAAGGAGGCCAUGGUUGCUUGUCGGCAGAUGGGACUGGGCUUUGCAAGCCAUGCUCUCCAGGAAACAUGGUACUGGCAGGGCAAUGCAGAUGCUUCUGAGGUGGUGCUGAGUGGUGUGCAUUGUAAAGGCACAGAACUGUCUAUCCUGCAAUGUCAGCACCAUGGACCUGUGCAUUGCCCAAAUGGAGGGGGCCGUUUUGCUGCAGGAAUCACCUGCACCCGCAAUGCCCCAGAUCUGGUAAUGAAUGCCCAGCUGGUACAAGAGACAGCUUAUCUUGAGGACCGCCCAUUGAACAUGCUGUAUUGUGCCCAUGAGGAAGGCUGCCUUUCGGCCUCUGCUGACCGUAUGAACUGGCCAGAGGGGUAUCGACGCCUGCUGCGCUUCUCCUCUCAGAUUCACAACCUGGGUCGGGCUGACUUUCUUCCCAAAAGUGGCCGUCAUGCAUGGAUAUGGCAUGAGUGCCACAGACAUUACCACAGCAUUGAGGUUUUCACUCACUAUGACUUACUGACACUCAAUGGCUCCAAGGUGGCUGAGGGACACAAGGCCAGUUUCUGUCUGGAGGACACCAACUGCCCAGAAGGAAUGCCACGGCGUUUUGGCUGUGCUAAUUUUGGAGAGCAGGGUGUCAGUGCAGGCUGCUGGGACACAUACAGACAUGACAUUGACUGCCAGUGGGUAGAUAUCACUGAUGUGCCACCUGGGAGUUACAUAUUUCAGGUUGUUGUGAACCCUAAGCAGGAGGUAGCAGAGUCUGACUUUUCCAACAAUGCCCUUCGCUGUCAGUGCCAGUAUGAGGAACAUCGUAUCUGGUUGCAUGGAUGCCAUACAGGUGAUGAGUAUGGUGCCAAGAUAGAGUGGGAUGAGGAAGCACAGCAGAGACUGAGCAGCAAUUUUGUCUAAGGCAAAUAUUCCAGAAGCAGUUGGGAUUCUCUAAGGAACCUGGAUCUAGAUCUUCUCACAGCUCAAAGCAACACAACAAGGGCUAUGGCAGAAUCCAAGCAGGUGCUGACUAGCACAAGAACUAUACUCUGCAGAAAGAUUCUUUCAAGGCCCUCUUCCCUCCCUGACAUUUGCCCUGGGUUGACAUGCACAGCACUGCCACAUCCAGUCUAUAUGGCCAUGCUGUGGCUAUCACUCCUUUGCCCCACAUUACCCAGCCCAGCUUGUCUGGUCUGCUUUCUCUAUUUAUUGAGCUUGGCAGCUAUGGUCAAAUAUGGGACUGAAAUGACCUGAUGGGGGACACUGCAGUCUUUCUCAGGCCCAGCUAAGAAAGUAGCCCUGUGGCAAAGAGGACCCAUGCUCUUGCCUUGCUGGCAGAAGGGGUGUGUGAGUAGCACAGCCCAGAAAAACUACCUCAACCAGCUCCAUCUGUUGACAAGUUUUAUCUCAGGAGCUUGGUUCAUCUCCAGACACACCACAGCUGUCUUCUUUUCUGCCCCCACAUUUCCCCCCCUCCAAAGGCAUAGAGCACGCAAUAUGCCUGUAUCCCAAGCACCUACACCCUCCUCCCUGGCCCCCUUGCCUCUGGCACAGAAGAGCUAUCAUCCUGCCAUGGGCACAGACACCUCCACACCCAAGAAUCGAAGUCAGACCAAAGGAUGCAGAAUAGGCACCUAUGAGCCCUUCUGCGAGAAGGCACCGGUUGGGCCAUGCUAUAGUUUAAGUAUUAAGAGGUUAGGGAAGUGGAGUGGUAUUAGUAACUAUGGAGUCAGUAAUGUGCAAUGAACUGUGAUGGCUAAUAAUAGGGGGGGGGGGUAAAAUACUAUUUGGGGAACACUUGCUCAGGGAAGAAUCACAAAACUCUCCCAAGAGAAACAAAAGGUGCUAUUUUGUGUCACAUUUUGUGGAGUUUGACCCUGCCAAUAAAAG